GACGUCACUGCCACCGCCACCAUGUUGAAUCAGGAAGUGGGCAGAGUCGGAGCAGGUUUCCCUACCAGGGCUUAACGUUAACGGCCGUCUGUAUUCUAUCGGUCCACCGUUUCACCGUUCUCACCUUUAACAUCCAGGUUACAUGCUGCCUGGCUUUCCUGCUGAUCGAGGUAGGCGCUUCUCUCCGGAUCCGAUCGUUUCGCAGCACCAGCCAUGACUACGCUCACGCAGAGGACCUCGGGCCUCGUCCAGCGGAGGACCGAGGCCAUUCGCAGCGCCGCCGCCGACAAGGAGAGGGAGUCCGGCGGGGAGGAGGACGAGGCGCGCCGCGGGGAGGAGGAGGAGGACGAAAAGGGGGACUCGAAGGAAACAAGGCUGACGCUGAUGGAGGAAGUGUUACUGCUGGGCCUCAAGGACCGAGAGGGCUACACGUCUUUCUGGAACGACUGUAUUUCUUCCGGACUUCGCGGGUGUAUGCUGGUGGAGCUGGCCCUCAGGGGGAGGCUACAGCUGGAGGCCUGCGGCGUGAGGAGGAAAAGCCUGCUCUCAAGGAAGGUGAUCUGCAAGUCAGAUGCUCCGACAGGAGAUGUGCUGCUGGAUGAGGCCUUGAAGCACAUUAAAGACACCCAGCCUCCAGAGACUGUCCAGAGCUGGAUAGAGCUGCUGAGUGGAGAGACCUGGAAUCCCCUGAAGCUGCACUAUCAACUGAGAAAUGUUAGGGAGCGUCUGGCCAAAAACCUGGUAGAGAAAGGUGUCCUCACCACAGAGAAACAGAAUUUCCUGCUCUUUGACAUGACCACACAUCCGCUCACCAACAGCACCAUUAAGCAGCGCCUCGUCAAGAAGGUCCAGGACUCCGUUCUGGAGAAGUGGGUCAACGAUCCCCACCGCAUGGACAAGCGGGUCCUGGCUCUGAUCCUCCUGGCCCACUCAUCCGACGUUCUUGAGAAUGCCUUCGCUCCGCUCCAAGACGACCAGUAUGACCUGGGCAUGAAGAGAGUCCACACUCUGCUGGAGCUGGAGCCGGAGAAAGAGAGCACAAAGCCCAACGCCAAUGAACUCAUGUGGGCUGUGGUGGCUGCAUUUACUAAAUGAAAACACCUGAUUCAUUGGACUGGAAGAUCUGGCUAUGGUCUGUGUUAUUUAAUUGGUUGAAGGACUUCACUUUAAUGAGACAGACUUCACUUUAAUGAGACAAUCUGUUUUGGUUGGGGAGCCUGUUUAUACAUCUAUUCCGGAUGACAUUUUGGUGGUAGUCCGUUUUAACCCAGUGCAAUCCGAUUGGUGGUGGGCUUCACCAAGUCACAUUUGGUUGGUUGGAAGGGUCUCUAAAUGAAAAAUGACUGGCUGCUCUCACACAGCAAGGUAAGUGAUCUGCCUCUGCGAGGCUGGAUAUACUUGUAAACAUCGACACUACAAACAGAUGGUCCUCUAUUAAUGUUAAAUAGCAUCAAAGAACAAAGCUUGUGGCAGCAGUAGUCAUGGUGAAUAUGAAGAUUUUGACUGGGGCCAAGUUUCCCUUCUACACUAAGGAAACAUCAUCUCUCCAUUUCUACAAGACCUGGCCAGAAUCAAAACCUGGUCUCCAUACUCUUCCCCAUGCUUAUGCAAGGAAAAAGGAUAGCAAAUCACACAGCUAUUGAUGCUCUUUGCACUCACGCAGGUCUCCUGCUUCCACCCGUUCAUUCCCACUUGUGUUGGGAGUUUAUGUUUAGAGUUACUGUUAGAACACACUACCUGAAUGUCAUUCAAUUCACUUUUCUCCUUUCUUCCUCAUUGCAUUUUGAGGAGGAAAGAGAGGACCCAAAGAAAUGUGCGAGUUCAGUUCCUGCAUCAUCAAGAGUGUGCUGGGUAAUUUGGCCCAUUUAGACUGAGCUAAAUGAAGAAUUAAACCUUAAGUCAAGAAAAGUCUUUUAUCUUAUUAGUUAUCUGUUUUUGCAAGGGUCCAUUCUGUGUUCAUAAAGAGAGACUAGUCUUCCAUUUUUAUUUAUGUUGCUAAUCAAUGCUUGGAAUAGCCUGCCAUUUAUCAACUAUUUUGCACAGUCAAUAGCCCUGUAGAUAGAAUAGUGUUUAUAGGGAUUUUUCUUGGGUUGAGUAACCCACUUGUGAAGAUGGGAUUGAAAAUUAUGAACCUUAGCAUCCAUGGUAAAAAUAAAUAAAUAAAUAAAUAAAUAUAAAAGAUCACAAUUAUUUUGUCUACAGCUAUUGAUCUCUUUAUUGGUGAUGAGUACUUAAAAAUCAUUCCUCUGGACAUAUUAAAAAGCUUCUUAUUUUUAAGUAGGAAAAACUGGUUCAAUCUGUUCACAUCACUGUGAACAGCUCACAUGAAGAUUUACAAAAUGAUCAUUAGCAGGGCUGGGAAUUGUUAACCAACCAAACCAAACAGUUCAGAAAAUGGUAAAAGGUCGAUUCACCCAAACUAUGUAUGAAAAAAUAUAUUUUCUCAGGUAACACCAGUGAUAUUUUGCAGGUAGUUUAGGUUAUAUUUAGCUUUAUGAGACACCUGCCUCUGAGACAACUGCCUCUGUCCUAAUGCAAUUAGGGUGAAAGGAAUUUCCUUUUAAAAUGCUCAUCAGCAGUUUAAAAAAAAAAGAAGAAAAAAAAUUCUAAGCAACGUCUCAAGUGGCAGUUUCCCUGUGACUAAUCCACAAACGUCACUGUAAAUUGUUUUCCUUGAAGCUACUUUCUGGUGAUGAAAGCGCCUAUAGGAAAACUGUCAACAGCAAUCUUAGUGGAUUAUAACACUAGAUAACAAUAGAGAGAAGUGAGAAAAUAUAUUUUGUAAUUUGGGUGAACUGAGUCUUAUGGUUUUCCUCUUUCAAUAUAUUGUAUCUCUCAGUUUGUAUGUCACGUCAUAAUUUGAUGUUAUUUCCAUCUAACAGGCCUGUGUAGGCAUGUUGUAUUGUUUCAUACAUGCAGAUGAUGGGAGGGUUACUUGGGCCUCACAUGCAUCCUUGUUUAAGACUGAAACAGCCAGACAUGUUUGUUGAAAGACAAAUAUGAAACAUCAUUCUGAACAGUGUGAUCUAUGUGUGAAACUACAUCACCUAUUGUUUUCAUGGCAAACUUAUAGUUCAGUCUUUUUUUUUUUUUUCCUAACUGCAAAAUACCUGUAGGUAUGAAGAACUGUUGAGAUCUGUUUACAGCAAAGAGACCAUGCAUGCUAUUGGUGGAGGGCUGGGGUACUUGUGGAUGUAGCUACAGAGAAAAGGCUUGUAUGUAAUUAUUAGUCAUUUUAUGUGUACGAUCUAAAGGAAUUCAAUGAAAGGGAUCUUCUCUCCUAUCCUCUAUAGUUCUGUAUGCUUUUGUAUUACCACACAAAAUAAAGUAAGGAUCCUUUAAGUGCCUGAAUUUA